CGCGACUCGCGAGGUCGGAUCGGUCAGGAAACGAGCAUGUCUGGCGCACCCCCACCCCCGAAACCUUGGGAGCGCGCGGCCGCGACGGGCGAGAGCGUCUCCGCAUCCACUCCGGCGGCGCCGGGAGACGCGCCGAAACCCUGGGACGUCCCGGGCGCGGGAUCCGCCCCGUCAGCGCCGGUACCGACGGCAUCUAACCCCACGGGAACCACCCCGCCGCCGCCGGCGAGGUACCGCGAGCAGGGAACCGCGGUGACAAACCCGGCUUCCACAGCCACAGCUGGCGCGGGAACCUACACAGCUGGCGCGGGAACCUACGGCCGCGCGGGUUACGGCGGCUACGGAUCCGCGUAUGGGUCCACAGCGUACGGGGGCGGCGGCUACGGGGGAUACGGUGGAUACGGCGGCGUUGGAUCGUACGGCGGCUACGGCGGCUACGGGUCCACCUACGGAGGGAUGGGGGGCUACGGCGGCUACGGCGGCUACGGAUCCAGCUACGGAGGGAUGGGGGGCUACGGCGGCUACGGCGGCUACGGGGGCAUGUACGGCGGGGGCAUGUACGGGCAGAGGUACGGCAUGGGCGGGAUGAUGGGCCCCGGCAUGGGCAUGGGACCGAUGGGCCCAAACGACCCCAACGGCCCGACCCCGCCCCCCACCGCGUGGCAGCGGAUCCUGCGAAGCCUCAGCGGGGUUGUCAUGUUCGCCGGCAAGAUGUCGUGGCUGGUGGACGAGAACGCGCAGGCGAUGCACUUCUUCAUGACCGCCAUGCUUCAGCUGCUUGACAGGGCGGGUUUGCUCUACGGCGAACUCGCGAGGUUCGUGCUGCGGCUGCUGGGAUACAAGGUUCCGCCGAGGCCCAAGUGGCUGCCGGGGGUCGGUCCCGGCGGGAUGAUGGGAGCGCCGCCGGGGAUGGGCGGGAUGAUGGGCCCCGGCAUGGGAGGCGGGAUGGAGGGCGCGUGGGACGGCGCGGGCGACGCCGACGGCGGCGGCGACUGAUUCUUCCAUAGACUCUCUCAUCGAAUUCAAAACACGAAACGCGCCGCGCGACUAAACCAAUAACGCAAAGGAAGGGUGGCAGCAACGACUUCGUUGCCUGACGAAAGCGAAGCGCGAGGGCGAUGCACCGUCGCUCAGGCGUAGGAGCAGAUGUAGUGGUACUGAUCCGCGACCUUGAUGUCGAACGAGCUGUUUCCCUCGAUCGAGAACGCGUCGCCCGCCUCCUGCUUCACCCACGCUUCGGUGCCCUUGAGCCUGUACUCGCACGAGCCUCCGACGCAGGUCAUGACCUCGGCAGCGCCGGUGGUGAAGGUCAGUUCGGCGGCGAGAACGACGCCCACGGACUGCUUCUGGCCGUCUGCGGUGACGAACCCGUGGCUGAUGCACUUGCCAUCGAAGUAGACGUUAGCCUUGGCGGUCAGCGUGGCCACGUUCUCGAUGGUCUCGACGGGCAUGGCGCUCGACGGCG